UGAAACUCCCUUUCAUGAUGACUGCUGACAGCUCUCUCCAAGCAGGAACAAGCCUCAGUUGUUUUUCCACCGUAGGAAUGGUAGCGAUAGCAGGUUAGCUCUUCGGGCAUCAGCUGUAGGAUUAAUUUACUUGUUAACGUUCCUUACAUUUCUGUUUUCCUGUUAGAUAAUGAAUUUACUGCCAUCUAAUCCUCACGGGAAUGGGCUCCUCUAUGCUGGAUUUAACCAGGAUCAUGGAUGCUUUGCCUGCGGGAUGGAGAACGGGUUCCGUGUGUACAACACAGAUCCUCUUAAAGAGAAGGAGAAACAAGAGUUCCUGGAGGGGGGGGUCGGCCAUGUGGAGAUGCUGUUCAGGUGUAACUAUUUAGCACUAGUGGGAGGAGGGAAGAAGCCAAAGUACCCAACCAACAAAGUGAUGAUCUGGGAUGACCUGAAGAAGAAGACAGUAAUUGAGAUUGAGUUCUCAACAGAAGUGAAAGCAGUGAAGCUUCGGCGUGACAGGAUCGUGGUGGUCCUGGACUCAAUGAUCAAAGUCUUCACUUUUACCCACAACCCCCAUCAGCUGCAUGUGUUCGAGACCUGCUAUAAUCCCAAAGGUCUGUGUGUGCUGUGUCCCAACAGCAACAACUCCCUGCUGGCCUUCCCUGGCACUCACUCAGGCCACGUGCAGAUAGUGGACCUGGCCAACACAGAGAAGCCCCCGGUGGACAUCCCUGCCCACGAGGGGGCGCUGUGCUGCAUUGCUCUAAAUCUGCAGGGCACAAGGAUAGCUACUGCAUCAGAAAAAGGGACUCUGAUCAGGAUCUUUGACACAUCUGCAGGACAGCUCAUACAGGAGCUGAGGCGUGGCUCUCAGGCAGCUAACAUCUACUGCAUUAAUUUCAACCAGGAUGCGUCUCUGAUCUGUGUGUCCAGUGACCACGGCACCGUGCACAUCUUUGCUGCAGAGGACCCCAAAAGGAACAAACAGUCCAGUUUGGCCUCAGCCAGCUUUCUUCCCAAAUACUUCAGCUCCAAGUGGAGCUUCUCCAAGUUCCAGGUGCCCUCAGGCUCCCCCUGUGUGUGUGCCUUUGGAACAGAGCCCAACGCUGUAAUGGCCAUUUGUGCUGACGGCAGCUACUACAAGUUCCUGUUCAACCAGAAAGGGGAGUGUUCUAGAGACGUGUACGCCCAGUUCCUGGAGAUGACCGAUGAGAAAAUAUGACUUUUGACCCCUCUGGAGACUUGCUGCAUCACAGGCAGAUUUUAUUUUUUCUGUACUUAUUUUAUUUUGGAGGGAAGGUCCCAUGAUGCACUUAUCUUUACAGACUCUGUUAAAGAGCAUCCGUUGAAGAGAGGAACAAAGACUGGGGAAGCUGAUCAGAUGGAUGAAGACUUUUGUUUUUCUCAGACUCCUGAAGAUUGUCUCUGGACAGGGGACACAGAGGGACACAGAGGGUUGUCUCUGGACAGAGGGACACAGAGGGUUGUCUCGGAUGCAGACUUGACUCCCAAACCAAACACUAAAGAAGAGUGAAAGGUAUUUUUUGAAUAUAAAACAUGCAGCUUUUUAAGACGUCUUCCGAGGAAUUUCCAAAGGAUGGUUAUUCUUAAGAUAUGAUGACUCUGGUAGUUCCAUGGAUUGAAAAUAUUGAGAUUUUGUUUCAAUGUACCACCUAACCUAACUAUAGGGAGUGCCUCAGACUGGAGAGAAGCUGUAUGUGUGCACAUAUUGUCUUUGUCAUCUAUACUUGUUUGUGUAUGUACCACAUUAGGUGUUCACAUCUGAAUCAGAAUGCAGUUGCAUCGGAACACACUGAUUCUGGAUUGUAAGUGUCACCUUAGUAUUAAUAGAUUUUCUUAAAUUCACUGUAUAAACACAAAGCACCAGACUGAACUUCUAACUCAAUAGAACUGUACAGAAUAGAAGCAAAAACAUUUUGUUUCCGUCGUCCUUUUUUUCAUACAUUUUGCAAUGUGUUCCCCAAAUGCUUUUUGUGAAGAGCUUGUGACAGGAUGUGACCCGGAAGAUUAAAAAAUAGUUUGACAUUUAUUACCUAAUGCAAUAAUGUGCUUUCUUACUGAGAGAUGAAGAUAUUGGUGUAGAUCUUAACUCACUGUGAGAAAAGCAAAUAAUAUGCAUUUGGCAAACAAUGUCAAACUAUUUCUAAGCACAUUUCCUGAACCAUUGAACUAUUUCUUUUAGCGUUCGCUGUUCCUCGCUGAAACAGACUCGAUCACAAAAAAAAACGUAUGAGACUCUAACCUGAUCAGCUAUAAAAUAUAGACUCUGGUUAAAGACGGCACAUCUUGUGUAAUAUUCAUACGUUAUAAUGAAGUCAGAAGUCUGUGUUGGCCGGUCACAGCUGGAGUCCUGAGGCCUGUACUACGAAAGCCGGAUUUUCGCUUAGCAAGCUAACUUCAGGGAAAACUCUGGGUUUCCGGUCCUACAAAGCUGGUUCACUUCUUAGCGGGCUAGAUCUCCAUGGUAACUUAUACUGAACGGCUAACCAGGGGGGUAUACUACGAAUCUAGUUCAACCUAUCCUGGAUAUGUUUUGAGUUAUCCGGUUGACUUAAUCCAAAACGAAGCCGCUCUCGCUAAACUGUCCUACAACGCUGGCUAUCAACUCGUUCCAAUAGAGUCUGGAUGCAGACCGCAGCAAGGAGACGGAUCCUAAAGGGGGCGUAUCCUAUAGGGGGCGUUUCCUAAAGGGUUAUGAACCCCGGUCCCCGCCCCCCAAACAUUUCUUAAAGGUAUAUGACGCUCUGUUUCUCAUUUAUUUUAAUGCUUUGAAUGAAUCAUAAACGAACUUUGAAAAAUAAUAAUUAUAAUUAAUUUGCAUAAAGAAUGAAGAGUAUACAACCCACAGAGAAGACAAAUUCAUAAAUUGUAGGCAUAUCAUUUUUUACUGUUUGUGCAGUGGUAGUAAUUAUUAUUCAAAUCAAUCAACUACGUUUUAUGGAAAAUAUUGCUGUAUAUCAUUUAACAACAUGAGUAGAGGUUUCUGUACACCUAAAAUACUGAAGUUGAAGUUACUGUCCUGUUGUGUAUCAUUCAUUUGUUCAUGUUGUGUCUGGUGGUAAGAUUAAUUAA